AUGUCCGGUGAACAUAAAAUUCUUCGAAACGAUUAUGUUGAAAUUGUAGCUAUUACAAAAGAUAAAACCUGGUUAAUUGAUCAAUUUAAUGUGACAUUUAUCAAAGAUAAUCAAAUACUUUGUACAAUUUCCGAUAAAGAACAGUAUUGCAGUAGUCCAGAAAUCAGAAUAACUCGUCCAAGUCUGACACAAAUUGAAAUUUCUUAUGCUACUGCUGGAAUAUAUAUUUCCAUUGUACCAUAUCAAUAUCAAUAUAAUUGGUUUGAUAUAAGUAUUCGUAUGCCAUACGACCUAAUCAAACAAUCCAAUGGUCUUUGUGUAACUGUACCGACUGAUAGUUGUGAAAUUGAAAAUGGUAUUGCACAAGACAAUAGUAUUAAUUCAUUAUCUCGAAUAAUAUGUGAAGUAUACUUACAAGCAAGUGAGCUAGCAAGAAUGAAAUUAAAUCUCUCGGAAGAUUUAGAAAUAAAUAAUAAGGCUUUACUUGCAUGUAUUCAUGAUUAUGAUACAACAAACAAUAAAAAUUUCGGUGCAAGCAUGGUGAAUAUGAUUGUCAAGGAUGGAAUUUAUAAGAAGUUACUCAACGAUUUCGAGUUUCAGUCAUAUACCAUCACCAGUAUUGAUAUAGUUGAUAACUUUGUGACAGACGCAAAUAUUUUUAUUGAUACUCUAAUUGACACAACGACAACGACAUCCACGACAAUUUCAACAACAACAGCAACUACAUCGGUUUCUACGACAAUUUCAACAACGACAACAACUACAUCGGUUUCUACGACAAAUGCAACAAAUUUGGCGAGUUCAACGGUGACUUCAAUUUCGACAACAGCAUCAACUUGUUCAUUAACUAUUAGAUCAAUCCAUAAUGUUUUGAUUUUUCAAUUCUUUUCAUUUGUUACAUUAUUUCUUUUAUUUUAA